AUGUACAAAUAUUAAAUCGAUUCCUAAGUUAAUAAUACGCAGGCCAAAUUCAAGGUUCUUAGGGUUCCUAUGAAAAUAAGUCUGAUGGUUGAUGUUACAAGAUUGCAGAUUGGAGGUAUUUAAAAAAUAUUAAAAAGGAAUAGAUUUUAUCGGAUUCAGCAGUAAGUUUAUGACAGAGAUAUAAUAAUACUCCAUUCACAUUAGAAUUAAUAAUAAAGUACUGUAUAAUGAUCCUAGAUAUAGGGAAUUUCGAAGUCAAUCAUUAUCAAUUGA